AUGUCUUCCUCCGAUAAGUCAUCGCAGCCACCUGCGUCGGCGCCGUUGCUCACACGCCCCGACUACGAAUUUACCCCCGCUCAGGACUGGUUCAGCGGCAAUGUCGAGAGAUGGCGGGGACUCUUCUCCCUGGUGGCCGCAUCCGCGCCCCGCGCCCUCGAAAUUGGCACUUGGGAGGGUCGCUCCUCCGUCUUCCUACUCGAGGAGCUGUGCAAAGACGCCGGCGAGCUCGUGACGAUCGACCACUAUGAUAUGCUCCAGACGGAAGCCGGCCGCGCACGCCGCGCGCGAGUCGAGCGCAACCUACGUCUCGCAGGCGGUCGGUCGCGCGUCAUCGAGGCCUUCAGCGUCCCUGGCCUCAUGACGGUCCUCCGCGACGAGACAGAGGCUGCAGUCGCAGCCGCGGGCUUCGACUGGCUAUACGUCGACGGCUCACACCGCGCGGAUGACACUUUCCUGGAUGGCGAGCUCGUAUGGCGGCUCGCGCGCAAGGGCGCCAUCAUCAUCUUCGACGACUACCGCUGGCCCGCGGAGAGUCCGGGGAGCAUGCUGCACCCCCGCCGCGGCAUCGACGCCUUCCUCGAGCUGCACGCAGGCGAGUUCGAGAGACUGUCUGGCGAGGGCGACUACCAGAUGAUCGUGCAGAAGAAGACGGAGAUGCGCAUCGGGUGGGCGUAUGCCGAGGGAGCUUCCGCCACCAUCGAGAGCGCGCUUGACUACGGAAUCAAUCUCGCGUUCGCCGUGGAUAGCGCGUACGCGAUGCCCGCGACGGUGGCGAUCAGUAGCGCCAUCCGUGUUCUCUCGCCCCAGGCGCGCUGCACGGUGUACGUGUUGGACUGCGGCGUGUCGAAGGAGGAUAAGGAGAAGAUCAGCGCGGUUAUCGACAAGGACAGGGGCGUGCGCACCAGCAUCGUCUUCCUAGAGUCCGCAGAGGACGACCUGUGUCGCACCUUGGGCAGCGCAACGUGGGCAAAGCUCGACGUUGUGCGCCGCGUUCCUACAGAGCGAGUUCUCUACCUCGACGCGGACGUGCUCGUCAUGGAUGACCUCGCUGAGUUGUGGAACACCGACUUGCAAGGGAAGGCCAUAGGAGCUGCGCCGGACGUAGGAUAUCCGAGGGGUCAUCCAGGACUGGAUCUCGCUAGCGCACAGUCAGGCCAUGCGAGCGUCCUAAAGGACGACAUCAGGACGGCAGGAGCUCAAGACAACGCUGACAGCCCUGCGUACUUCAACGCCGGCGUCCUUCUCAUGGACCUGACCAAGAUGCGCAGCAGCGCAUCCGAUCUCGCGCGACUCGCGCGAAGCGCAACGGACCUUCACUUCAAGGACCAAGACGUCCUGAACCUGCAUUUCGCUGGUGACUGGAUUGCGCUGUCGCUGAAGUACAAUGCGCAAGGACUGGGCACUUAUGCCAGCAUCGUCACGCCAUGGCGCAUGCUCCUCGACAUCGACGAGAUGCGCGAUUCGCCGGUCAUUGUUCACUUCACCGGCCCUGUCCAGCCUUCGCUUGUCAAAGUGUUGAAUCCUUGGGUUCAGCCUUACACCGCAAAGCCCUGGGGAUAUGCCGGCUCACCGGGACAUCCAUUCGCGGAUGCGUGGUGGAAAGUACUAGAGAGGACUGCGUGGGCAGGGAUUCGUGGCACCGCCUCGUACAAGGCAUGCCAAGAGGCCGCGAAGCAGAGGGCGCUAAGUGAGGCUCGCGACAGGUUUCUAGAGCUCUUUGGGAGUUCUGUAUGA